AUGCGUGCUGCUGAAGCAACAAAAGCAGUGCAGCAGCAGCAAAGACAGCUGGAUGGGCUGCAGCAGCUGCUGCUGCAGCGCAUGCAGACACCCCACAUAUUUGGGGCUGCGCAGCACCUGCUGCUGUCCUCGCAGCUGCGGAGCUGGGAUCGUCUCCUGCAGCGAGCUCAGCAGCAGCAGCAGCAGGAGUGGGGUAGAGCACAGAAGAAGAAGAAUUUGUUGCGGCAGGAGCUAGCAGCAGCAGCAGCAACAAACACAUAUCUUGCUGCUGUUGAUGCUGCAUGCAGAGACAUACUUGCUGCCCGCAGAGCUGUGGGGUGGGGGAGACGGGAGCGGGAUCGUCUCCUCCUGCUGGAGGAGCUGCAGGGUGUGGGGCGCGAGGCCCUCGUAAGAGAGAUAGGUGUGGGGUCUGAGUCUGUGCUGCUGCAGCAGGCAGCAGCAAGUCGGUGGCAGCAGCAGCAGCAAACUGCUGCUGCGCUGCAGCAGCUGCAGCAGCAGUCGGAGCAGCAGGUUGUUGAGCUGCUGCAGCAGAUGCAUGCUGCUGCAGCAGAAUACCCAGCCUCUAGGGGUUAUCCUCUCGCUUUCUUUCCUUUUGUUGCUGGGCUUAUAAAGGAGACAAGGAGACAGCAGCACUAUCUAUAUGAGUUGUCGCUGCUGCAUGCAUGCAGCUACUCUUCUCUGCUGCAGGAGACGCAGCAGCUGCUGCUGCAGGCACUCGAGACAGCCCACAACCGCAGCAACAGCCUCAGCACAAACAGCAGCAGCAGCAGCAGCAGCAGCAGCAGCAGCAGCAGCAGCAGCAGCUGCAUGCAAGGAGACACAGGAGAUGAGGAGACACUGGACCUCAUCAGCACAGCUCAUAUAGAUGCGCUGCAGCAGCAAGAAGCAAAGGAGACAGUUUGGUUGCUGUCGAUGGAGGAGAUAGAAGAAAAGUAUAUAAAUGAAGUUGUUAUGCAUGCAACAGCAGCAGCAGAGAACAAAGACAAAAAAAUAAAAAAAAAACAAAACACAAAGACAACCACCAUGAUGCUGCAGCAGAGGAAACCUCUGGCCUUCAGCAGCAGAAUCAGCAGCAAACUACACGCCACACAACGACUACAACAGCAGCAGCAGCAGCAGCAACAGCAGCAGCAGCAGCUGCCGCAGCAGCAGCAGCAGCAGCAGCUGCCGCAGCAGCAGCAGCAGCAGCAGCAGAAGCAGAAGCAGCAGAAGCCGAUGCAGAAGAAGCAGCAGACACAGCGACAGCAGCAGCAGAAGCCACAGCAGCGGCAGCAGCAACCAUCACGCACUGUUAGUGAUAGAGCAGCAGGGUUUGGUGCUGCAGCAGCAGCAGCAGCAGCAGGAGCAGAUGAUGAUCUAUCUCUUUCUUCUGUCCCCCUGCUGUCUCCGCUGGAUACGGGAUCGAGUGGUGUGGGGUUGAGAGAGAAGAAGAGGGGGGGGAUGAUAGACAGAGAAAAAGAGAAAAAAACAAAAGAAAAAGAACAAAAGGAGACAGCAGCAGCAACCAUCACGCACUGUUAG